AUGGCAUCUAUCCCUCAGCCCCAGCAGAGAGCCGAAGCUACGUUGACACCAUCGGCAUCAGACACACGUCCGCCAUGUCUUCAACCUCAUCUAGACUCUAUGCCGUCUAAUGACAACACCUCGACUACGGGCCGAACCACCGCACUGCGCGAGCUCAAUCGCUCGCAGCCGUCAGCCCGCCACCGUUAUACAAAAAGUAGCGGCGUCCCGAGCACGGCUACGAGUACAACGACUGGUACGCAUUCGCAACCAGUAAUAGUACGCACGUAUUCAGGCCCACCACCCUCUGCAACCGGCAGUCGGCCAGCCAGUCGCAGGGUUCCUCUCUCUGCCGUUUCGAUCACGCCGAACGUAUCCAAUUGGCGGCCAGGUCGCAAUGGCAUGGUGCUGAGCAUGGCACGCCAUAAGGGGCAGAAGAAACCCCGGGGGCGGGGCGCUGAAGACGUUAAACUACCACCGCUCGAGGCGUUCAGCUUCAAGAGUAUCAUGGCGGAUAUACAACAGGACAUCGGAGCAGAUCUGGACAGGAUUGCUGAAAUAUGCGCGAGGUCCAAGUACUCGCUGAGCAAUCAGUAUGAAGUGCAUGUUGCACCUCACGGAUCAGGGUCCAGUUUUGUGGCUUCUGUUGCAUCCUCGUCGAGACAUCACGGACCUACACUGCAGGCUAUCUCGAGUGACGAUGAACACAGUAGUGCAGGGCACAGGAAGCGUCGAAGUGGGCCACGUAGGAAAAGCGCAGCUUAUGGCACAUUAGAGACCAUCAUGAGCUCUAGUCGGUCUUCAGAGGAAGAAAAAAGUAAGAAGAAGUCUGCUCAAGAGCUCACUGAUGAGGUGAGAGGACGGGUUUCAAGGCAUAUCAAGGGUGAUGGUGGAGCUUCUCCAAGCAGUACAGGUAACUCGAAAGAACAACAGAAGAAGCUCGCCCGGAAGAAGUCAGCUUCAUUCGCAACAGCAUUGCUGGACAGUAGUCGACAACAGGCCAUGCCUCGGACAUCGGGCACUGCACUGGUUAGUGAACCUGCCAAGCCCAAGACAUCAAGAAGUCAUCUCGAAAUCAGAACAACCCACGAGGAUCCAGCGGUUACUAAUUACACGCAUGAACCACCGAGUGAGCCCUCGAGACCUACUAUAUCAGAUUCAAUUGCCAAUGCGGCUAUCUUCAGCCCAGAUGAGCCAAGAAGUUCUUCGAAUCUUCUGUCGGGGCUCGGCAACUGGAUACCAUGGCGAGGAGGUAACACCAUGACGGAAAUUGCCUGCUCGGAUUUGAAAGGCAGUAGACCGAAAAGCUAUGCUGAAGGGAGUCUAAGAGACCUACUCAAAGGUACUGACAACAGUUCAGGAGUAUCUGUAGACGUGAAGGGGAAAGGUAUUGGACGUUGA